AUGGAAGAUACACCUGUUAAUUUGGCUCAUGCUUUCGCAAACCAAGCUGAAGAAUUUGAAGAGAAGGAAUUAUGGGCUAAGGCGAUGGAAGCCCAUUUCCGUGCUGCUGAUCAAUUUGUUUUGGCGAUAAAUUAUACAUCAGAUCCGGAGGUAGCGCGAACUUUAAAAUUGCUGUACGCUACCCAUAAUCGACAAGGCAAAGAAUUACAACGUCGUAUAGAAAAGCAAGCACAGCAAUCUCCAAAACAACCACAAGAACGACUAAAUACACCUACAUCUCAUAGAAGUCGAUCAAAAUCAGGUUCUGCUGCACCAGAUAAAAGUAAUUCUACUCAAAGGACACAUCAAUUACAAUCUAGAAAAGGAUCGUCUUCUACGCUACCAACAACGUAUUUGAGUUCUCAGCAUGCUCUGGGCGUCCAGAUACCAUCUAAUAACAAUGAAAAGAUGGCUUCAGAUUUGUUAAGAUCAGGAUUUAGUAGUACAUCUGUUAACUCUAAUAGUGGCAUAAGACGGAACCCAGUAUGGUCUGAUUCUACAACUUCAAUAGGUGUUUCAAAAGAGAUGAUGACGUCGACUGCCCCAAGUAUCUCGUUGGAAGGUUCAUCCAGUUCUGAGAAAAUUGGUGACUCUUAUAUGGUGUUGCAAGGACACAAUGACUCUACUGAUGAUGAUGAUUCGGAUCCUUUCAAUAAAUUCUGGGGAAUUGUUGAAACGUUAGUUUCUAAAAUAUCCAACCCCUUAACCAACCCGGUUGCCUUUGCAACUGUACCUCUAAAUGCAUCCGAAUAUUCUCGAACGCCAUUUGAUCCAAAUACAAUUCACCCCCCUUUACCGUUUGGUAACAAUAUCAGUGAUGUUGAUAAUGAUUCAAAAGUAGAUGAGUUAAAUGCUGCUAUGAUGGAAUCAUUUUUUAUUAUACCGAAAGAACAAAGAUUAACCGGUGCAUCUGGCGCUUAUUCUCACCCAUCGUCAACACUGUCACCUGGAACUCAUUUUUCAUCUGGAAGUAGAAAUACUUCAAAAACUUUAGAAGAAUACGCGAUGGAGAAUGCACAACUUAAAUCUGUCAUAGAUAAUUUGACUAAAAGGAUGACGACUUAUGAAAAGGCUGCCGAAGAGAAUAGUAUGUUAAAAAGUAGCAUUUUGCAAUUUAAAAAUGAUUUACAAAAACAGGCCAAACGGAUCAAAGUUAGUCAAGAAAUGCUGCGGUCGUCUUAUGUAGCAAAACAGGUUUCGCCUGAAAGUUCAACUGUUGCUAGCGCGCAGUCUCUUCAAAAACGUAUCAAAGAGUUAGAAGAAGAACUUCAUCUCACGAAAGCUGAAUGUGAAAAACAGAAAAGUCUUGCGGCAAAAUAUAAGGACCGUUUGAAUAAGAUAAAAGAUAACGCAAGAAGCAAGAGGCAGGGUGGACAACAAACCGAGAAUAAGUCGAAUGAUUCAUCGGCAAUUCCUGACAACGUUUGA